ACUAGCGAGGUAGGUAACAUUUUACUGCUAGUUAAAACUUUACUGCUUUAUUAUUGAUUCAUGUUCUUGGCAAGAUUGUGUUAUUCUCCUACAAAUAGAGUUUGAUAGUUUGAGUCAGAAAGUUCAGCUGCAUUUUCUUCUGUGCCAUUUCCAUUUUGAUUUGGUUGAAACUUGAAAGACAAAAUUCAGCAGUGAUGAAAACCAUUUCUGACAGCUUAUCUCAUCAAGAAUCCAUGUUUGAUUGCAGGGAACCUUCUCCUCCUUUCAUUUCCUUGCAGCAGAAGACGAUUGCAACCAUCAGAGAUUCUUCCUUCUCUUAUCUCAAUAAUCAAGUUGAUGAUUCCGAAAUAAGCAUUUUUGAUGCCCAAAAAUACUUCAACGAAAGUGGCAGCAGUGAUCCCCGAGUCAGCAACUGCGUUUCUCCUGUUAAUGUUAUUAAACUUGAACGCAUUUCCGAGCAAUGUGAUUUCUCUGCCAUUCCAAGAUUCUCCUCUGCUUCGUCUUCUGUUGAUGGACAUGAUCGUAACUACAGGACUCGUUCAUUCCACGCAACGCCAACAGCUUCGUCGGAGGCAAGCUGGAAUAGCCAAACCGGUUUGCUAUCGAAUCCACCAGGUGCUAUUGCAGUCACCGUGCGAAAUCCUACUGCUGAUGAAAAGAAACGGGGUUCUGCAACAAAAUGGCUUCUCGGGCGAAAAUGUCCUUGUUCUGGCAAGAAAUCUGUUCAAGUUGAGGAGAAACUAUCAGAACCCAGAACUCCAUCGCGCCUAAAUCACAAGUCCAAAGAGUCUCGGAAUAUCCAUAGGCGGAUUCUUGACUCUGCAGCAACAGAUCAUUGGCUCAAAAGACGAGAAGUGAUCCCUAGUUGUCACAGAAUCUCAGCAGACAACAACCAUUUUCCUUCAGUUCUAGGACACCAUAGUGUGUUAUCCUCCUCAACGAGAACAUUCACUGAUUGCACGAGUGGGUUCUCUUUUCCUAUACUCAACCAAACAUCUCCUAUGAAACUGGUAUUAAAUGGAUUGUCAUCUCCCAAUAACUACACUAGUCCUCCUCCUCCCCUUGAGGAUCAACCUCGGGAUUCGCUGGAAGUUUUCCGACCACCGGAAAAUCCAGUUUCAACCAAGACAAAAAUGGAAUUUCACCGACGCCAGAAUUUCACAUUUCCUUCGAGUCCCAAGUCGCGAAUGACGACAACAGACGAUGACAUGGCAAGCGAUGCGAGUUCAGACUUGUUCGAGAUAGAAAGCCUGUCUACUCAAACAACAUCAUACCCAAAUCACCGGAGAGACUCAUUGGAAGAGGCAAGACGUUUGGGCUGUCGUAUAAAUGAAGGUGGUUUGUAUUGCAGGGGAAGUCUGGAUGAGCCGACGACGCCAUCUGUGGCACCAACAGAAUGUUAUGAACCAAGUGAAGCAAGCAUCGAUUGGAGUGUGACAACAGCUGAAGGGUUCGACCGAGCAAGUGUCACAAAUUUCUCAAUAACCGCAUCAGAAGUUGAGGACAUGCAUCGCCAUGAGUCUGACAAGGGUAGCGGUGGGAAGAUGAGAGGAGGGUUGUUGAGCUGUCGAUGUGAGAAGGCGGUGAGUGUGGGGCCACAGCCGGUGAAAUCAGCGGCUUCGGAGGGACAAAGAGGAGGAAGCUCCACAUUGAGGCAUGUGAGUAGUAGGCCACCCGUUCCGAAUAAGCCACCUCUUGCAAGGUCUCACUCUGCUCGCUUGUCUCCGCCUUUUGCAACAUAAAGCGAGCAGUCUGUGGACUUGUGGUGGUUUUUGGUUUGCCGCCAUAUUGGAGUUUCCAAAUAUUGAUACUUUUACUUUGGGAAUUUAUUUAUUUUUUUAUUUUCAAAAAAAGCAUCCACUCGUUAACCUUUUCGUUUUUAAUCUUGUUUCUAUUUUAUUGAUAAUUUUUUUAUAAUUUUAUUUGUUCAAUAGCUUUUCUGUAA